AAUUAUAAAUUGUGUACAAAAAAAUAUAAAAAUCAUACUGAAAGUCUUGGAAUGAAUUUUAUCGUAGCCCUUACGCUGGCGCUGGCUCUCUUGGGUCUGCAGGAUGUGAGCGCCAGGUCUGUGCUGGGCGAACUUGGCCAAGCCUUUGGCAAUUUUGGCAAUCAGAUUGGACAGGAAGCCUCAAACUUUGGCAAUGCCGUGGGCCAGGCGGCCUCCCAAUUCGGCAAUGACGUGGGCCAAGCUGCAAGCAAUCUGAACAGCUCCGCGGUUGGACAAGACGCCUCUAAUUUUGGUAACGCAUUGGGCCAGGCAGCCUCGCAGUUUGGCAAUGAUGUUGGCCAGUCGGCCAACAAUCUCGGCCACUCAGUUGGUAAUGUAGGUGGCACAAUUGGCUCCGAUGCAUCCAAUGUGGCACAUAAUGUAGCCUCUGAUGCCUCCAGUCUAGCGCAUAAUGUAGCCUCAGAUGCUUCCAAUGUGGCUCACAGCGUGGCGAAUUCGGCCUCUAAUAUAGCAAGUUCAGCUUCUAAUGCUGCGCAUGAUGUAGCAUCCGAUGCUUCCAGUGCGGCUCAGAACGUUGCCAAUUCUGCUUCCAAUGCCGCUAACAGUGUGGCGAAUUCUGCUUCCAGUGCAGCUAACAGUGUGGCAAACUCUGCUGCCAAUGCUGCUCAUAACGUGGCAUCUGAUGCCUCCAGUGCAGCACAUAACGUAGCAUCCGAUGCUACCGGUGCGGCUCAAAACGUUGCCAAUUCUGCAUCCAAUGCUGCUAACAGUGUGGCAAACUCUGCUUCCAAUGCAGCUAACAGCGUUGCAAGCUCUGCUUCCAAUGCUGCGAACAACGUGGCAAGUGCCGCUUCCAAUGCUGCCAACAGCGUGGCAAAUUCUGCUUCCAAUGCAGCUAACAGCGUUGCAAGCUCUGCUACUAAUGCUGCUCAUAACGUAGCAUCUGAUGCUUCCAGUGCAGCUCAUAACGUAGCAUCCGAUGCUUCCAGUGCGGCUCAAAGCGUUGCUAAUUCCGCUUCCAAUGCUGCUAACAGUGUGGCAAGCUCUGCUGCCAAUGCUGCUCAUAACGUGGCAUCUGAUGCCUCCAGUGCAGCACAUAACGUAGCAUCCGAUGCUUCCAGUGCGGCUCAAAGCGUUGCUAAUUCUGCAUCCAAUGCUGCUAACAGUGUGGCAAACUCUGCUUCCAAUGCAGCUAACAACGUUGCAAACUCUGCAUCCAAUGCAGCUAACAGCGUUGCAAGUUCUGCUUCCAAUGCUGCUAACAACGUGGCAAGUGCCGCUUCCAAUGCUGCCAACAGUGUGGCAAAUUCCGCAUCCAAUGCUGCUAACACUGUGGGCUCCGAUGUUUCCGGCGCGGCUCAAAACGUUGCCAAUUCUGCUUCCAAUGCAGCUAACAGCGUUGCAAGCUCUGCUACUAAUGCUGCACAUAACGUAGCAUCUGAUGCUUCCAGUGCAGCUCAUAACGUAGCAUCCGAUGCUUCCAGUGCGGCUCAAAACGUUGCCAAUUCUGCUUCCAAUGCUGCUCAUAACGUUGCCAGUUCUGCUUCUAAUGCAGCCAACAGCGUGACAAAUUCUGCUUCCAACGCAGCCAACAACGUUGCAAGCUCUGCUUCCAAUGCUGCUCAUAACGUAGCAUCCGAUGCUUCCAAUACCGCUAAUAAUGGAGCCGAUACAGCUUCCAAUGCAGGAAAUAAUGUUGCUUCCGAUGCUGCCAAUGCUGUUACCAAUAUCGCUUCAGAUGCCGCGGGUGCUGCUGUUAGCAUUGUAGGCGAUGCCACUCAUGUGGCUGAAGGCGUGGCUGAUGGCGCUCUAAAUGUUGCCAACAGCGUGGUCAAUGGAAUUGCCCACUUAUUUUAGUGGACUUCUAUAUCAAUUGUCAACACUGUACUACACACAUAUAAACGCGUAUCCUCAUAAUUGAAAAUAAAACUAUUAUUGCGAGCAGAUGAUUGA